GUUACCAAUUGCACCCUCCCGAAGGCGGAAUGGAGAUGGCACCUUGAUGUGACCUCGACCGUGCUCCCUGAGCUCUACGAAAUGCUCUGGUUGUAUCGUAAAUGUCCCAGGACUGUGUCACUGCCAACUUCCACGAAGCUACAGCAGACUGCAUAUGCCUUCAAUCAACUUGAGCACAAGCGGUUUGCAGCAAACCAGUCAUGCUGAGUGGCACGACUUCCGUGAUAAUCUCAUUGGUAUUCACGAUACUCAGCAUCUUAUUCACCUCUGCGCGAAUCUAUACACGAGUGACGGUGAUCAGGCGAUUCGGCAUUGAUGACUACUUGUUGCUCUUCUCAGUUGCUACAACCAUCCGUCCUGACAUCGCUUAUUGUUUGGCAAUCUCAAAAUGGUCUCGGUUUGCGCAUCGACGACUUGACCGAGCAUCAACUCCGCGUUUCGCAGAAGGUAAUUCUUGACUACAAAUGACAAGCCAGGGCACUUCUCAAGAUUGACACCGCUCUAGGCAACAUGGGCCAUCAAGCUCGUCUAUCCACUUGCCGUUAUGUCGGUCCAGAAUGCUUUCCUAUUUCAAUACCGAACGAUAGUCAUCCGCCAAUGGCAGCGGUGGAUUAUACAUACAAUGAUCGCGGUUGUCACUAGCUUCGCAAUUGCCACGACCGUUGUUGCGGCCACCGAAUGCUUGCCCUUGCGAGCACUCUGGCAAACCGCCACCCGAAAUGAGCGAUGUAUCAAUCUUGUAGCAUAUUGGAUGUUUUCAGCCUCUUUCAACACGAUCACUGCGUUGGUUGUUUGGAUGAUCCCCAUUCCGGUGAUCAGGUCGCUCCAUCUGCCGACACGACAGAAACGCUGGCUGAUGUUGGUAUUUCUGCUUGGAAUUUUUACUUGCUUAGCAGCCGGUCUGCGGAUCUGGGUUCUUCAUAUCACCCUUGAACGUACGCGCGCCAAGCUGGGACGAUACCUCGCCCUGGUGGCGACUUGGACUUCGUUGGAGAUCAACAUCGGAAUCAUCUGCGCCUGCUUACCGACAUGCAAACCUAUCGUGGAUCGUAUGUUCCCCAACCUACUACGAGAGCCUGCCAAAGAGCCGGAUUUUCUGAGGAUGGAGCGGUAUAAUCAGAAUGGCGCAGGGCAUACAGCUCCAAAAGUAGAUAAUGACUGUGGCGCUGACCAGACCAUUACCGUCGCCACGUCGUUCAGCUGCCACGACCUUGAAGGAUCAAGAGAUGAGAACGCCAUAUCCGGGGCAUAUUCGUUCGUCUGAGAUGAGGUGGAUUUCCCAGUACCAGCCGAGAGCAACGGCGAGCCCAUGUCAAAAGCGAUGUGACUUGACCGGCAAAAGCCAGGAGUUGGCGGAGGCUGAGGCUGAGACCAAGCUCAAACGCUCAGAGGGUCCAGUUCACUACUAAUUGAGAACGGUGUUGCAAUAAUGACCGGAUUAGUGAUAUUGACGAAUGCCAUGCCACUAUGCGGUGUUAGCCUCACGAAGGUCAUGUGUUUGUGCUGUGGUUUUUGGAUGCCGUGGAUGCCUGAGGCUGAGUCCGAUGGUGAAAUUCAUAUGCUAUUGGACGAGCGGCACAUAGAACCCAAAG